AUGAUUCGAUAUAAAUGGUUGACUAUAUUGAGCAUAUCGAGCUUGGCAAUUGUUUUCCUUUACCUAGCAGACUCGAAAUUGACCUUAAUAGAAAACAUUAUGUCAGAUGACAAGAGCGUUAGCAAGAAAUGCAUAUGCAUUUACAAGGGUCAAACAUAUGAUUUUUGUUACCAUAUCCCGCACGAUAAAAGCGUCGAAGGAAAACGAUUUGAUUGCAAUUUUGCUUCUGAUCUUGACGGACUAGGCUUGCUGUCACCCACAAAUCUUAUUGAUUUGGGCUCACAAGUAAUGCCACAACCAGCAUUCAUCUCAGCUUUGUCGGAAAGCCACUAUAAGGAAGGAUUAACAAUGCUAGCCAAUUUUCGUGCAGUAUUUCCACAUCAAAAAAUUUUUAUAUACGAUUUAGGCCUCAAACCGGAAUCACGAAAAGAUAUCGAGAGUAAAUGCCUCGUAGAAAUGCGUACGUUUCCGUUCGAUAGAUUUCGGGCAAAUUUGAGGAAUUUACCAGAAUGUAGAUGGAAAGCCAUUCUUAUAGCUACGACAGCGAAGGAGUUUGGUGCCGUUUGGUACAUGGAUACCUCCAUACGUUGGAUGAAAGACGUUCGAUCAUUAGUGUACAAUGCUUAUGCUAAUAGCAGAAAAAACGGCGUUGAGUUACCCAGCGCUGUAAUGUUCCAUUUGCAUGUCAAUCGCAGUACCUAUGUCACUACCCACCCUGAGACCUACACAUUCAUCCCCACAAACAUGAGAGAGAUAAAAAAGAAAUCCUGUCUCCACGCACUCGCUGGUUUUAUGUUUUUCAUUAGAACAGCAGACGCCAUCGAAAUUUUGAAGUGGUAUGUUCUCUGCAGCUUUGAGCAAAACUGCAUGGCCCCUUCUGGUGCAAAAGUUUCAUGCGACUAUAUUCGCGAUCCUUACAAUCAGUACGCUAACUGCCACAGAUUUGAUCAGUCCGUUGUCAACCUGCUUCUUGCAAACGCUUAUCGAUGCAACGUUUCAAAUUACUUAAGUGAUAUUGGAAAAGGUGCCAAAGUUAUACACAAUGAAGACCAUAGUCUCACAGAAAUAGACUUCGCCUGUCCAUACAGGGAAGUUACAGUUAGGAAUUGUUUCUGCUUACUGUGGAAGGCUUUUUCAUUAUAA